UUGCGAUCGAGGUGCUGUUUACCUACAAAAAUAAAUUUUAAAAUUGCUUACCUUGCACAAUAUUUCAUGAAUAGGGUACCCACGUUAAUUCUUGUGUGAGUGCUCUUUCUGCCAACCCACGGGUGGUCCGUUAGUUCUUCAGGCAAGAAAUGAGCGAUAAGCCACGAUAAUGGGUAUGUGUUGGAGCUGUUUUAAAGACAAGGCACCGGAUGAGGAGAGGCCUUAUGAGGCGUCCCCGGAGCAAUGCCGGGUGUACAAGCCGUACGACUCGGCCAUGGUGGACCGCUUGGUGCUGGAGAUGCUAAGUCUGAUCGCAUCAUUUGUUGACAACGAGGAGGAGUCUCCUGUGCUGCUGGUGAAGCUCCACAUGAUAGCUGACAAGGAAGACGGGUGGAUCCAAGUGGUCUCGUCCAUGGUGAAUGUGAUACCGCUCGAGGAUCCUUUCGGGCCCUCCGCCAUAACCAUACUCUUUGACGACUGCCCUCUGCCUUCCAAGGAAUCAGUUAGGAGGGUGACGGAGAUGUUCAAUCUGUCAGCGGAGCGCGCGAGCACGGGCGAGCUGAACGUUCGCGUCGAGCGGAACAUUUGCGUCGUGCUCGGCUGCAUAGCGGAGAAGCUGGCGGGCCCGAACAGCGUUGCGGUGCUGACAGAGAACACGCUGGAUUACCUGCUCACGUUCUUGAUCACGCGUCGCGAAGCCUGCGUAGUGUUGUUCGCACUCAUCGCUCUAGAGAAGUUCGCGCAAACCACAGAGAACAAACUGUCUAUAAAACAUCGCUUCGAGCGCGAGGCGGUGAAUCCGCUUCUGAUCCUUGAGGAGAUGGCGGAGAGCGAAGACUAUAUCUGGAGGCAGGUCGGCUUCUGUGCCAAGUGGGCCCUGGAUAAUCUGUUCGUUGUCGAGGGCCGAAAACUGUCUUACGAAAUCGUGGACAUGAGCAACAUCAACGUGAUACUAAACUCGCAUGACGUCAGCGAGUACCUCAAGAUAUCGAGCAACGGUCUCGAGGCGCGCUGCGACUCGUAUUCAUUCGAGAGCGUGCGGUGCACGUACCAGGUGGACGAUGGCUGCUGGUACUACGAGUGCACCAUUAUAACACCAGGGGUCAUGCAGAUAGGAUGGGCUACCAAGAACAGCCACUUCCUCAACUUGGAGGGCUACGGCAUCGGGGAUGACCUAUACUCGCUGUCGUACGACGGCUGCCGUCGGCUCAUCUGGUUCAAGGCUCGCUCGGCGCCCGUGAGCGAGGUCCGCGCCUGGCGCCCAGGCGACGUGCUCGGCUGCCUCAUAGACUUCUCGGCCCGUGAGGUCAUCUUCUCGCUGAACGGGGACCGCCUGCCCGCCUGCUGGGAGAUCUUUGAGACCACGCGGUUCGGUUUCUUCGCUGCGGCCAGCUUCAUGGCCUUCCAGCAGUGCCAGUUCAACUUUGGACACGAGCCGUUCCGCUUCCCGCCAGCUGAUCGAACCUUCUCAUCGUUCAACCAGUUCGGGGAACUCACUGAUGAGGAGAAACAGGUGGUCCCGAGGCGGGUGCUGCUGCAACAGCUGCGCUGCUCCAGCGUGAAGGAAGACUCCUGCACGCUCUGCUUCGACGACACGCCGUGCUGCGUGCUAGAGCCGUGCGGACACAGGGGCUUCUGUUCCCUCUGCACGUCGCAGCUGAAGGAGUGCCCGAUGUGCCGCGCGGGCAUCCUGAACAUCCGUCGCGAGGACACAUGACAGAAGGCCUCCGCGUCCAGCGCCAGCGAACCCACCAGCCCCAACAUCACCAUGGACGAAUCCUCCACGCCACGCUCCACCUCCUAUGUGUUCCCUCCCCUCAAUUAACCAGCUCCGAUUUCAGCUUUACCCCAUAGUCAAGCCAAUAUACUAGUCUGUUAAUGGUUGACUUCAGUAGCUUCAAUUUCUGAAUAGGCUAGAUGAUUUCAAUUAUUUGUCCGUCACACAGAAAAUAUUAGACUCGUAUUUUUUAUUGUCUUUCAUAAUUAAAUAAUAACAGUGCUACAUCGAGUUAAAAUGUCGCGUGACGUCACUUUUGUGUAGAUUUUUUACUCAAAAGUGACGUCAUGCGACAUUUCAACUCAAUAUAAUACUGUAAUUAUUCGAUUAUGAAAAACUACAUGUCCAAUAUUUUUUUAUUGUCUGUCUGACGAACUAAAUAGAAUUUCGAUUUCAAUAUACUAGUCGGAUAGUGGUUGACUUCAGUAGCUUCAAUUUCAGGCCCGUCCCAUACGCAAACCAAUACGCUGGUCUGGCAAUGGUCGAUAUUUAUUCGUAGUCACUCUCACGACUGUCUGAGACUCCUUCGUUUUCUGGACCAUAGACACACCAUUACGAUACGCUAGUGUGAUCACAGUAAGUUGACACACCAGUGUGACUGGUUUUUUUGUGAAAAAAUAUGUAACCUGGCAUUUUAUUUUUUCAUAGUGUACUCUAUGCUACUAGUCAAGCUCAAACUUUUUCAUUUGAUACCCUUAUGGAGGUAAUUUGUGCAAAUUAUCCGUAUGUAAUCCGCCAUUUUAUAGCGGCGGCCAUCUUGACUUUACAAUGAUACAGAAUGUAUCAAAUUAUAUUGUUAUCUGAACAAAAGAUUUUUACCAAAUUAAUAUCAGUUACUAAAUUUGACCCAAAUAAAAACAGGGCAAGUUAAGUAAUACAAAACCGUUUGACAACGCUAAUUGGGUGGAAAGUGUGUUGAUGUGAUUACAGAUAAAUUAAUUCACCACUAUCACACUAGUGUGACAUUUUUGUGUGACUAUCGUUCAAUUGUAGUACAUUUACAGAUUCAAUUCUCUCAAACAACUAUUCUGAUAGAUGUUGAAGUUAAUUAGUACCUAUUCAAUGUGAUCAUAGCGAUCAUCUACAACUCUCUUUCCUUUAGAUCUGUGUUAGCUACAUACAUACAGUGUUAUAUGUUAUUAUAUGUAAGGUAGACAUGAUGUCAGUUUCAAUAAGCGAAUUGCCAAUAUCCUUGAUCCUGUGUGUUUAACUAUUCUGGAUGUAUACAUAGUUCAAUGGGCUUUUUAGGUAAUAAGUGCGUGUAUUUUAAAUAAUAUAUUAUUAUAAUCUACAUUCCUGUACCGCCAAAUGGGCAGCUAAGACCCAUAAUAUCCCAACAUCGAGUUGCGUCUUCUUCUUCUUUGCUUGCAUUCAAACCUCUUUCAGGGGUUUAUUUGUGCUAAUAUCAAGUGGAAAUUGACAUAAUUCAGAACAAUAGAACAUAGGUGUAGAAGUUUUGAAAGAAAUCCUUAAAAGGCGUGUCUGUCAGCGGCAUGAAAUAGCAAAUUGUUUGGCGAGCUUAUUUCCAAAUGAUAGAUGAACCUUGUAUAAUCCAAUUGCGAUUUAAAUUAAUUUUUUUCACUGUCGACAUAACAUCAUAGCUCAUAAUUUAAUAGUCCAGUCAUUUAAGCUUAAAUUAGGUAAGAAUCUCGGAAUUAGAGAUACCCAGCUGUAAGUCUGUAAAUACUUGUAUAUUGACACCCUAAAAGUUGUCUCAAAACCUACAUAUGGUAGGGUGUAAGCAACUAUUAAAUUUUAAGGUCAAAGGUCACAAAAAUCGGUUUUUUGCGCUUUUUUUGGAAAUAUCUCAUUUCCUAUGGGUUUUUUGCUAUUUGUAUUUAUUAUCAAUAUUGUAGAAUAC